UCGCUCUGCCAGCGUGAGUUCCUGCGCUCGCACGCGCUGCCCGCGCUCGUGCGGGUGUCGAAGAGCGAGCGGUGUCCGGAGCUGCGCAGCCGCGUCGACCUGAGCGGACCCGUGCUGCUGUACCGCGUGUACCACUCGGUCAAGAUCCACGGUCGGAGUCUGCUGCGCGCGCCGUCUGGCCGUCUGGAGCCCGUCGGGCCGGCCAUCGUCAUCCCCGAGGGGUACCGAGGAUGGUUCUCGCUCGUGUCCGAGGACGGCAAGACGGCGCCCUUCUACAGCAGCAUUGAGGAGGUGGCCGCCGCCCGGCUGGCCGUGUUUUUGUCGCGGUACGACGUACCCGCCUACGUCAUGACCGAUAAUGAUCAGGGUACCGUGUACCGCAAGGUGACCGUCGGUGCCGGCAACGUGCUGCGCCUGAUGGGGGUGUUCCGCGACCUGAACACGGCCCCGGCCACGGCGCCUUCCGUCAACUACGCCCAGUGCGUCAACUACAAGAAUGAGGUUCUGUUUCUGCCGUUCUCCGCCGAGGGGCGCUUCUACUCGGCGGCGUCGCGGCCGACCGCCUCGCUGGACCACGUGUUCCUGAUGUCACAGCUUCUCCGGCAACAACGGCCGCCCGUUACCGUCAAGCUGGUGUGCGGAUUCAUGCCACGUAUGCCGUGCAACUUCACUGGCCUGCUGUGUCUGCAGGAGGUGCGCCCCGAGCGGCUGGUGCUCGGCUGCACCACGGACCCGGACGCGCCCAGCACGCUGUUCGAGCUGAACGCGGACGCCACGCUACGCCUGCAGCCGGUCGACCCGCUGGACCGGCGCACCUCGCAGUUAUUCACCAAGGCUCUGGUCACGUGCGAGCGCCAGGGUCACGCGUGGCGCCACCAGAUGAAGGUCUCUCAUGACGUGUUCGACGCGUCGCCGCCGGCCGGCCGCCGCCUGCAGAAGACGCCGAGUUUGAGCGAGCGGUCGGUGGGGGCGUCGCCGCCGGGGGCCCCUCCCGCCCGCCGGCUCGUCAAGUCCAACAGCCUGGACGGCGAGCGGCGGCCGGGUCGGAGCCUCCGCCAGACCGUGUCGCGCUUCUUCCUGAGCCGCGGCCGCUCCAACCGCGACGUCAGCACGUCGUUCGUGUUCUCCCGGCCGUGCGAGGUGCAGUACGGUGACGUGGCGGACGCGGUGGCGCCGGCCGCGCCGCCGUCGCCGGCCGCCGAUAACCUGUACGCCGAGAUCUGCGAGCACGAGGAGCGGCCGCGACCGCUGCCGCUGCCACCCUCUGGCGAUUACACACUGCGUCUGGGCAGCGACGGUCACUCGUCGAGCCCCUCAUCGCCAGGCGACACGCUGCACCACUCCACCUGCUGA